AUGGCGAGGAGACCGCCGCCCAACCUGACGGACAAGACUCUUGGCUGCUUCUCUCAUGUCAAGCCCAGCCCGAUGCUGGACCAUCUCAUUCGCUUCUUGUCCACCUGGAGUGGGACGGACAAGGCCCUCAUGUUCACGCAAUACUCGAGCAAGCUCAUUAUCCCCCUUCUUACUCUUCAACACGCUGUUCGACUGAGGCUCGCGGGCACAAAGGUGUACCACGCCUCCAAUGGCGGGUCAGCCAACGCACGCCGCCUCGAAAAACUCUACAAUCUCAUCGGCGAUGCGCGUGUCCUGUUCCGUAUCUGGGGUAUCCUGCCGAUGAUAAAAUGGAUGAUUGCAUUGGAGCGCGAUCCACCCCCUACCCGCCCGCUCCAUACAAUCGAGCGCAUCCAAGGCUGGUCCAUGCUAGCGUACUGCCCCAUGGAGGCGGUGGCCUACCUUGCCUCGCAUGGGAUCUUGCCCGUCUCCACGGCAAACCAGAACCGCCUCUGGCUCUGGUCGUGCCGCUGCUGGGCCGUCUACGUUGGACUGCAGCUACUUCACCUCGUAGAGGACAAUAGGUUGCUCAGACUGAGGGCAAGGGCGCUCGAGAGGAGCAGAGGUCACCCUGUCCCUGCGGCGGCUGUUCGUUCAUCUGCCGCGGACGAUGAGAAGAAGUCCUUCUCCGCUGCGUCCAAGGACGAGCUGAGCGAGGAGCAAGCUGUCACACGCAAGCUCUGGGAUGAUCUCGACGAGCGCAAGCAGGCCAUAUUGAGCGAGCUGUGGGUCAAUUUGGGGUACCUGCCCCUCACGAUUCACUGGUCGUGCCCGAGUGGCAUCUUCAACUCGGACGUAUGGGUCGGCAUAUUUGGUACGGUCGCGGCGGUCAGUGGCUUCAGGCCGGGAUGGAAGGCGACUGCUGCGUGA